AUGGGAUCUCCGACGUCGGACAUGAUAUCGCUGCCGGAUUCGCUGCCGAGAUUUUCGGUGCAGAGUUGGAGCGAUUCAGAUGUCAUGGCUGAGAAGCACGAUUUUCGGGCCCAGGGGUUUGCGUCUCUGAAAUAUUCCCCUGAUCCUCUUUGGAGGAAACCCCAAUUUCCGAAUUCCAGAUUUGUGGAUCUGUCGGCGGCCGGAUUAUUGAAGAAGUCGAAGGUCGCCGGAGGUGACGGUUGCGGCGGCGGCGCCACUUUCAGGUUGAGGGUGGUGGUUUCUGCCGAUUGGGAGUCAAAAUUAGAGGAGACGAGAGUUUGGCAAAGUAUAGUUGACAUAGUGAAAUAG